UACAUAUGCGCAAUUUUUGAAUUAUUUCCAAACUAGGUUGUUUAGAAAAUUUGUGCUGGGAAUAUGGGAUAGAUUAAGUGAGGUGCAAUUAUAUUUAAUAUAUGUAAUUAUACACUAGAUGCAGCAUGGAACUUGACGCGUGCGUAAUUUUUCCUUCAUAUUUAUUAAUUUUUGUUGAUAGUAAUGUUAGCUUACAGUAAUCUUAAAAAGGAGAAUAAAGUAAGCUUAUAGCUAGCCAACAUAAGCUUUCAGUAUUAAAGUAAUAUUCCACUUUUCCAUGUUUUCUUAAAAGUUAAGAAGAGUCACCCCUUUUACCGCCUAACUUUGAAAUUCUAUUGUGUACAUGCAUAUAUAUGAAAGUAUUACUCAAAAGUUUCAGUGAAAUUCUAGGACAGAAACUGAGCACCUACAUGUCUACAUUUAAAAAUAUUAAUCCAUAUUAUUUUACAACAAUAAACACUUAUUUGAGUUUUCAAAUAUAUUAAUCAGUUUUCUUAUUUGUCAUUUAAAAGUUUCUAAUUUGGAUAAUGUAAAUAGAUACAUCCACAACAAAAAUAAUUUAUUUCUUUUGUUCUUUGGAUUUAAAUGCAAAAAUUUUUAGUAAACAAAUUAGUUAACUUCGUAUGCUGAUUAUUUUAGUAAACAUUUAAAAAACUUGAUGCUUUUGGGUUUAACACAAUAUCGAAAAAACCCUUUUUUAUAAGUACUACCUCUUUAACUCAGUCAUUUCAUAUGCGCAGGUUCAACAUGAAAUAAGAUUUGUAUCUUUUAUAUUGUUUAUAAUGUGUAAAGUUUCUCGCAGUUCAAUAGAUUCUUACGCCUUUAAAAUGAGUAAUAAUGAAGAUACUCUUUUUAAUGAAACAAAGAAACAAUGUUUGCAACGUUACAUAAUAGUUUUAUUAAAUUUUUAUAACGUAAACCUGCCGAGUAGACGAUUCAGUUUGGGUCGAUAGAGCUGCCACAUCUACAACCUUCUCUCACAUUCUCGACCUUUCUUUCUCAUACGCAUUUACGGUUUAGUUUUUUCUCUCCGUUUUUAUAAUACUUAUGCCAAAUUUUAUUUUUUAACUAAAUAUACAACAUCCAUUUAUACAUAUAUAUAUAUGAAUAAUUAUUUAAUAAAUACUCUUAAGUCUUCUGGUGGUUUAUUAGAGGAUAACGUUAUUCAACAUUUAUAAUAAAAACAAAUUAAGAUAUUAUUUUUAAAAUUAUCUUUUACAUACUCUUUUUAUUUCAGUUAAUAAGGCACUAAAGUGCGCUCUGAAGUGUUAGGUGUAAAGUGUAUAGUGUAGUUACAAGCACAAAUAUACAUAUGUCAGAGUGAAAAUUUUUGUAAAGUGAUAAUUAAUUUUUCAAAAUUGUUAUAAUAAAACAAAACAUAAAAUUACGUGUUUUAAAGAGAUGCACUUCAAGUACAGUGAACAACCUCUAAUGACCUUCACUAUGAACUUCCAUUUUCAGUUAUUUAAAUACCCAUUCGUCAUAAGUUUAUCGAAUGUAAUAAAGAAAUAGAGCUAUAGUAAGGUCAUGUUAUCAUUACACGCUACCGUAAUUUUUUUUUCAAAGUCUGUUGAAUAUCUAUCAGCAAAAACGUCAAAGAACAAUUCUUCGCCUAGGAGGAUAAAAUGAGUAAAAGUGUUGAAUUUCUUUCAAUGGCAGAGGACAACGAACAAGCAUGUGAAAAAGAUGUAGAAGAUAAAUCUAGACUUAACUUUAAUGGAAGUCGUCAAAUAUCCAAGAGCGCAACUGAGCUUAGAAAUAAUGAAUCUGAUAGUUCUAAUCGAUCACCAGUUCACCGACUACCUGCUGAUGAGAAAGAAUUAGCCGCAAGUCAUCGACAUCGACAUGCAUCUGUGGCUCAAAAAACUCAUAUCUUUUUUGCCACCUUAAAAAAUCGCUGGACACGAAGUAAGAGCAAGGAGAGAAAAAAAUCGAAAGAAACCUCCAUCUUCCUUAGUCAAGAGUCCAAAAAUGUAGGCUUAGAGUCCGACUACGCUGCGGACUACUCUUCAGAACACAGUCAUAGUUCUUCCGCUACUCAAAGUCCAGCUAAACAUUAUUUGAAUCAUCCAGUUUCAGAUUCACCUCUAUCAAAUCGCAAAAAGGACCAAAACGAUGGUUUCGAUGAUUCUUCUUAUACAGACGCAUCUGGUAAACAAAGACAAAAAGGUGAUGGUUUUGAGGAAACAAAAACAAAUGGAAUUGUUGACAUUAAUUUAACUUCAGAGCAUGCUCGGCGAAGAGAAUUGGCUUUAAGGCAACAUGCAUUUUUUCAACUGCGACUGCAUAUAAGGAGAGGCGCUAAUCUUGUCGCAAUGGAUAGAUGUGGUGCUAGUGAUCCUUAUGUUAAAAUAAAAUCCUGCGGACGACUUUUGCACAAAACUCGAACAGUUCAUAGGGAUUUAAAUCCAACGUGGGAUGAAAGUGUUACAUUACCGAUUGAAGAUCCAUUUCAAACAAUCAAUUUUAAGGUUUUUGAUUACGACUGGGGUCUUCAAGAUGAUUUCAUGGGUGCAGCAGUUUUAGAUUUAACACAAUUAGAUUUAUGCCAAUCUCAAGAUAUUGUUUUGGAAUUAAAGGAUCCUGCAAGGCCACAACAGUAUUUAGGUGAAAUUAUUUUAACAGCUUCCCUUUGGCCGAAAAAUCAACAAGAAAAGGAGCAGUAUUAUCAGAAGAGUAGUCGACUAGCGGACGUGAAUCGCAAAUUAAAGUCCCAAAUAUGGAGUUCAGUAGUUACAAUUGUAUUAGUUGAAGCAAAGAAUCUGCUACCAAUGGAUGUAGAUGGUUUAUCUGAUCCAUUCGUUAAAUUUCGAUUGGGUGCAGAAAAGUAUAAAUCGAAAGUAGUUAACAAAAAUUUAAAUCCCGUUUGGUUGGAGCAAUUCGAUCUUCAUCUCUAUGAUGAUCCACACAUAGGUCAGGAAUUAGAAGUUAUGGUUUGGGAUCGUGAUAAAAGUCAUCAGGAUGAUAUAAUGGGGAAGUGUAUUAUAAAUUUAGACAGUCUGGAACGAGAAACAACUCACAGACUUUGGCGUGACUUGGAAGACGGGGCUGGCAGUAUUUUUUUGUUACUGACAAUCAGUGGUACAACUGCCAGCGAAACAAUUAGUGAUUUAGCAGCUCACGAAGAAACUCCUCGCGAAAGAGCACAACUCUUGCAAAAAUAUUCAUUAAAGAAUACUUUAAGAAGGCCAAAAGAUGUUGGACAUUUGAUUAUCAAGGUUUACAGGGCUCACGGCCUCGCAGCUGCCGAUUUGGGCGGCAAAAGUGAUCCAUUUUGUGUUCUAGAAUUAGUUAACGCUAGAUUGCAGACUCAGACAGAAUAUAAAACCUUAACACCAAACUGGCAGAAGAUCUUUACAUUCAACGUAAAAGACAUCAACUCGGUUUUGGAAGUGACUGUUUAUGAUGAAGAUCGAGAUCACAAAGUUGAAUUUCUUGGUAAAGUGGCAAUUCCUUUAUUGAAAAUAAAAAAUGGUGAGAAAAGGUGGUACGCUUUAAAGGAUAAAAAACUGAGGGGUCGAGCCAAGGGAACUUCGCCUCAGAUUCUUCUAGAAAUGACAGUAGUGUGGAAUAUACUAAGAGCUUGCAUUAGAACAAUCAAUCCUAAGGAAAAAAAAUAUAUGGAACCAGAAAUGAAAUUUAAGCGACAAGUGUUUCUUAGGAAUGUGCUUAGACUAAAAGCUAUUAUUGUCAUUUUUAUUGACAUGGGAAAAUAUCUUCAGAGCUGCUUCGAGUGGGAAAAUAAGAUGAGGAGUGCUAUUGCGCUUGUUCUCUUUGUGCUUGGCUGCUACUACUUUCAGCCCUACAUGGUUCCUACUGCAGCGUUACUGAUCCUCUUAAAAUACUAUGUGGUUGCUGUACUAACUGGAGCACCAGUUACUCAUCAGGCGGGGCAGAACUUUCCAAAUGCGAAUGAAACGUCAAUUGAUGAUGGUCCUCCGACUCCGGGCGACGACGACGACGACGAUGAUGACAAGGAUAAGGAGGAAAAAAGAAGUCUUAAAGAACGUCUUCAAGCUAUACAGGAAGUAACUCAAACUGUGCAAAAUUCAAUUGGCUACUUAGCUAGUCUAUGCGAAAGAGUAAAAAACCUUUUUAACUUUACGGUUCCUUAUUUGAGUUAUCUUGCCAUCAUAAUGUCGAUUUUUGGAGUGAUUGUGCUGUACUUAAUACCGGUGCGAUUUCUAAUCUUGGCCUGGGGCGUGAACAAAUUUUCAAGGAAGAUCUUCAGACCUCAUACGGUGCCUAACAAUGAAGUUCUUGAUCUUCUGUGCAGAGUUCCAGAUGAUGAAGAGAUUCUUAAUUACAGAGAAUUAAAGCCUUUACCCACUGCCGACUUUGAGAAGGGAGGAAAAGUAGGAACAUCACAAGGUAAUUUAACAAGGAGAGAAUUAAGACGAAGACAAAAAAUGGCGUAACAGAUUAUCCCGCGGCAGGAAGUCGCGGGUCUCCGGCCGUCCGAUCUCUUUAAAACUGUUUUGAUGCGUAAAAAAUUUCUAAGAAAUCGAAAAGAUUCUGAUGAGAAGUUGGACAUUUUAGAAAUUGACUGAACGGAAAUCCUAGAUUUUUUAAGAAGAAAAAAUUAAUAUUUUUGGUUUUUUUCAGGUUAGGUACCCUUAUUACACAUUCACAAUUCUAUUUCAACUAUGGUAGAAAUAAUCGUUUUUAAUAUUAAAAUCAUUUUUUAAUUUCUUCAUCACGUUUACUAGACAAUCUAGUGGGCUCAGAAACAUAAUUCAUCUUAGAGACGUUUCUGGUCCACGUAAAUUCAGAAAAUCAGAAAUUGUUUUUAAGACAAUCUAUGUCCUCAGACACACUGGUUAUACAUGUUAUGGAGCUUCAAAGUUUAAAAUAAGUUCAUUAAUAUUUAACAUACUUUUUACUUUUUCUUGUUUAAACCAUAUCAGACAGAGAAAAAAUGUUUAACUAUUCAAAUACUAUUGAACUGUUAUUAUUUUAAGAUAAUUCACAUUAGAAAUACGUCUUUCAUUCCAUAAGUUAGUUGCUAAAUUAUUCUAAAAACUAGAAAGCGGACUUAAUGUUCAAUAGCAUAUUUUUUCCAUUUUCAUUUGUGUGCCAAGAAUUUUUCUGUUCGAUAAAUCGAACAGCUGUCCGAUAUGGGUUCAAAUUUAUUUUUUUAAUUAAAACAUCAACUUGUUAUAUAUAAUAACUUGUUAUUUAGAAAUUUUUAUGGUCGUUGAAUUUGUGAUGUAUAUGUGCUUGUAAUAAUAUUCUUCUGUAUUUUCUAAAUUUUAUCUGAUACUACUCUUUUGAGUUUAAGUAUAUUUCAAAUUCACAAGACUUUGUGAGUUCAAUAUACUACUUCCAAGCGGCAAGUAAACAUUUUUUAAUCUUCAAAAUGAAUUUUUAAGGAAAAAAGUAUUCCUUUCUGUUAUCGUAACUUUUUACCAUUAUCGUAAUCUUGUAAAAUUCCAUUUUCAUCGAAAUCGAUUUGUAUUUUCUUAUAACAAUCUUUUUAGAUUUAACGUUUAAGGAUUUUCUAUGUUUUUUGGAUCACAUUAAAACUUAUAAAGUGAAUCCUGAUUAAACUUCUGACUCUUUGUCUUUAACUCGACUGUUUCUAAUUUCCAAAUUUCUUAUUCUCUGACAACAAUAAGAGUAUUUCAUAAAUCGUCUAGUAAAUUUUUAUGUUUCUGCGUAAUUUAUUCAAUGAAAAAAAUCUGAAAAAGUUGAUUUUCUAUGUUCUGGUUUUAAAAAGUAUAUCAGUAGAAAUUUGCAACUUCAUUAAAAUAGCCUAUUAAAUAUAUAAAACUAAGAAG